AUGAAUUUUGUCAACGCAAUGCUCCUGGACAAGGUCGGACGCAUUCCAAUCAUGGUAGUGGGACAGAUUGGCUGUUCAAUCUCCGUGGCUGGCUUUACCGCCUGUCUGGCCCGGUAUGGCGGCACCGACAACAAACUGGGGAACGGAUUCGGGGUAUUCUUCUUAUACCUGUUCGUCACUUUCUUCGGCGGCAGCAUGGACGCCAGUUCGUACGUAUAUUCGUCCGAGAUCUUCCCUACCUCGGUCCGUGCCCAAGGAGCCGGAUUCAGCGUUUCGGGCUUGUUCUGCUUCAGUCUGAUUUACACAAUGUGUGCCCCGGUUGCGUUCAACAAUAUCGGCUGGAAAUACUACUUGAUCUUCAUCAUCGUCCCGCUUUGCGGUGCGACCCUGAUGGGCCUGUUUUAUCCGGAGACCAAGGGGUUAGCGCUGGAAGAAAUCGCUGCAAAGUUCGGCGACGAUGUCGCGGUCGAUCUGACGCAUCUUUCUGCCGAGGAGAGAGCUAGACUCGACAAGAGCCUUGUUAAUGAGGAGGUGGUUGAGAUUGAAAAGGCAUGA